GGCAAAAUUUACCCUUUACGAAAGGAAACUUCGCGAGAUUUCUGUGAUGGCUAACGAUAACUAGCCUGCUGUGUCAAACCACAGUGACACCGGUCGUGGUGAUCCACCUUACAGAUGCAGACGCUGUUUUGAUAUUCCAAGUCAUAGAGGGGAAAUCACAAAGCUAACCGGGGAGAGAAAGGUGCUGUCUGUCGGCUUGAAGUACUCCCACCUGGCCCUUGGACUGUCCGCGACUCUCGUCCUUUAAUCGCUCAGGCAUCAUCCGGCCUCACUGUGGAUCUUUAGCCCCUCAGGCAGGGCACUGGCAGUGGCAGAGGUAGAGCCAUCAGGGACCAGACCAGCAGGAAGCAGGGCUUCAUGAGCGCCACGGGGCAGCAGCAAGGGGGGGGUCUGCGUACUCGCCGAGGCCUUAGCCGGGACAAAGACCCCGGGCACGGCAUGGGCAUGGAGGCAACCUGCUGGCUGUCCCCUGGAGUCCUGCGCAGGCUGAUUGAGUUGCCCUCACCCCCCCUGUCUCGACACCAACUCAAGAGACUGGAGGAGCACAGGUACAGCAGUGCUGGACGCUCCCUGCUGGAGCCUCUUAUGCAGCGCUACUGGGAAUGGCUGGUAGGACGUGUCCCUUCCUGGAUUGCACCCAAUCUUAUCACCAUCAUCGGCCUGGCCACCAACGUCUUCACCACCCUCGUGCUCGUCUACUACUGCCCAACUGCCACUGAGCAGGCUCCUCUCUGGGCAUACCUGUUGUGUGCGGUGGGUCUGUUUAUCUACCAGUCGUUGGACGCCAUCGACGGGAAGCAGGCCAGACGCACUAACAGCAGCUCUCCGCUGGGCGAGCUGUUUGACCACGGCUGUGACUCCCUCUCCACCGUGUUUGUGGUGUUGGGAACCAGUAUAGCAGCGCAGCUGGGCACCAACCCAGACUGGAUGUUCUUCUGCUGCUUCGCCGGGAUGUUUAUGUUCUAUUGUGCACACUGGCAAACAUAUGUGUCAGGGACGCUGCGCUUUGGGAUAUUUGAUAUAACAGAGGUGCAGCUCUGUCUAGCAGGAUUACAGAUGCUCACAGCCGCUGUGGGUCCCUGCCUGUGGAACGUGAUGAUUCCGAUCCUAAAUAUCCAGAUGAAAAUGAUUCCUGCCAUCUGCACUUUGUUAGGAGCCAUCUUCUCCUGCACCAAUUAUUUCAGAGUUAUUUUCACAGGAGGUGUGGGCAAAAACGGAUCCACAAUAGCAGGAACCAGUGUGCUCUCUCCAGUCUUACAUAUUGGUUCAGUCAUAAUUUUGGCGAUGAUGAUAUACAAAAAGUCUGCUGUCCAGCUCUUUGAAAAUCAUCCGUGUCUUUAUAUCCUGGCAUUUGGCUUUGUCUCGGCCAAAAUCACCAAUAAAUUAGUUGUAGCACAUAUGACAAAAAGUGAGAUGCAUCUCCACGAUUUAGCCUUCCUGGGACCAGGACUACUGUUCCUGGAUCAGUAUUUCAAUAGUUUUAUUGAUGAGUACCUGGUGCUCUGGAUUGCACUGAUCCUUUCCUUGUUUGACUUGGUGCGUUACUGUGUCAGUGUUUGCAACCAGAUUGCCUGCCAUCUUCACAUUUUUGUUUUCAAAAUCAAGCCUUGUUCAGUCCUCGGCUCAGCUCCUCACUGAGGACACGCCGGCCAUUACUGACUCUGCACUCUUCCUGUUAGCUGCACUCACCUUUUCUUCCCUCUGUUUUCCACGUAGAGACGCAAGGGGGGGUGACGUGGUGUAAACUGUGUGCUUCUGCCAACUGAAUGUCAGGACAAAUAAUAUAUAUUAAGAUACUGGAAUAUUACUGUCAUUGUCUGUUUUUCACCAGUGCAGAAUUACAUUUAUACCAGUUUCAUUUUCUGCUCCAGUACUAAGAAAUCUUCUGACAAACUUACGGUUGCAAAGAGCAGAUAUUUCAGGAGAGUACAGGUGCUACUCAGUAUGCUCAAUGAGAGAAACUUACAGCGUGUUUUAACUGUUCACGUGCAAGAAAAUGUAUAGGAACCGAAUCAUUCUCUUUGCUUUUCAUGAUUAUAAUUUUUGUAACUUUACCUUUUUGCUAUUGUAAAUACCGAACUGUUACAGUGUCUGUGCUUUCUUUUAAGUUAAAAAUCCUUCUUUGACACAUUUAUUUAACCUUCCUUCAUUUGUAUGUUUUUUUUUUUAAAGACACUCCAUCCCCUACACAAAAAAAGUGCAGCUGUUUUACAUCAGCAAAUGUGGUUUUGGAGGAAACCUGAUGCCAAUCUUACUUUUUUUUUCUUUCUUUUUUUCUGUUUAAAGCAAAUCAGAACGUCCUUUUUGUACAAGCCUGCAAAUUAAUUCACUGACACUUUCUUGGUUAAAUUUGCACUUGGGAUUUAGGUUCAGGUCAGAUUUUGGUUUUUUUGUUAAGCUCUUUGCUAAUAUAGUCAUCAUGAAGUUGGUACUUUUGUUACGGGGUAUAGGCUUUCUUUUAUUUAUAUUGUAAACGUAAAGGGGGCUGUGGACGAGGGCAAAAGGUCACUUGCUGUGCUGUAGUUGUGCACACGUAGUGUGCGUGCGAAAGGUCUGUCGGCUCCUUUUGACCUCAUGUACGAAUGAACUCAAGUUUCUCAUUUUUCAGUUGAUGAGAGCAAAGAUCAAAACGUGUAGAGGUGGAGUGAAGCAGGGGGCUUAUUUCAUCCAACUCUGUUACUGAUCUCUGCUUUAUUUAUUGGUGUUUUUUGUUUGUUUGUUUUAAGUGUCAAAUUCCACAAUGAUAAGAAAAAUACUCCGCCUGCUUCUUUGUUUUUGUUUAUUUUUCUGAAACAUUUUAUCCUGUGUACUUUUUGCAAAAAAAUCAGGUUGAAACGGUGCGUUUUGGGGGAGUGGUAUUGUUUUGAAAAGCAGAUUAACAUGCAUUUUGUGCUCUAUAUUAGAUGCAUUCCCUGCAGCAUGUCAAAAUAAAACUGCACUCCAUGUGUGUUCCAAUAGUGCAACGGUUUAGCUCAUUUUUAAUGAUUUUUCUGGCUUUGAGACAUAGACUAUGCUUGUUAGUAGGUCAGUUAAAUUUCCCUUUCACUGCAUUUGUCAAAGAACAGUUUUGAAUAACAGAAAAUGUGAAAAUGAAACAUACAAAUGAAAAAAGGUCCUUCCUGUGUUGCAGCUACUUCACUGAAUCACUGCUGUGUGUUCAGUGGUACCAUCCGCCUGCACAGUCCAUCACGUUUCCUCCAAAACACACGCCUGCCUCAGCAGAACAGGUGCACAUGUGAGUGUGCGGGAGGUGAGGUCACCUGAUGAUGUCACGGUUUUUAAGGUGGUGACUGAUUGAGUCAGAUCAAACUUAAUAAAAAUGUGUUGAUUUGAAAUGUGGCUGCUGCUCGCUCUGCCUCCACCUCGUCGUCUGAUGCCGUUACACCUCAAACCAAGUGUGUUUAGCGCUGCUGCUGCUGCUGGAGAGGACCUGUAGUGACGGCCUGUAUUCACGUAGAGCUCAUGUUUGUCCUUAACAGCAGGGGUUAGCUUCUUGCUUUUACAUUUUGUGCCUGUUUUAUUUACUUUCUGUUGAAUACUUCCAUCUGCAGAUACUGUGCUUUGCCUCUGCGCCGUGUUUGAAAUGACCCACAAUGCCAAGUGUUGACUGAAUUGAGAGGCUCUCAGUGUACAUUGUCCUCCUAGCUGCGUCAUUGUCUCAGCUGGAUGAGUUCUUGUGCAGGGCGGCGGUGGCGGUGUUAUCUGGAUGAAAAGAGACUGAUGGCCAUUGAUUCAUGUAAACAAAGCCUUCUACACACGAGUGUUAAAGGACCACUUCACCCAAAAUCACACAAACCAUUGUCCUCUAAUGCCUUAAGAUGAAAUAUUAUGGCUCAGUGUAUUAUGUUUUUAUAUCAUGCAAAUAAAGUCAUUUUGAGUAAAGAGAUUUAAUGAAAUAAAGGUUAAAAGAAAAACAUUGGAAUGAG